AGAAAAGAUCGAAGCAAGCGACCGAGCAGGACACUUUUACUAGAGAGCAAGGAAGAAAAGUGAAAUUUUCGAACGGAUCGGUGCAAUGAAAUCCCGUGACUAAAUCCAACUGGAACGGGCUGGAAUCGUGUCGCGUAACGUUUCGGGACGGGUUGCGAUUUGGUUAGGUGGUCGAGAAAUAAAUCGAACGCGGACGGUGCGGAAAAUUCGGAGGCACCUGCUCGUUUUUCUUCCUUAUUCGCGCAAAGGCACCGCAGUGUCACUGCCAGGCAGCACCAAAGUGAAGUGAAUCCUCAUCGUCGUCGUGGAGGAAUUUGAUGUGAUUGGUGAUAUUUGAGAAGCGAAGCGACAUUCACGGCUGAAGUGGCAGCCUACUGCGACGACGGCCAAGGAGACGCCGACGACCGAUAAGUUGAGUGGUUGAGCGAUAGCAUCGUGAAAUAAAAGUGCGGCUCUUCGGGGUUUUUCUUCUUCCAUUUCUUUUCCUUUUUGGGUUAAGUGAUUGGUGUGUUUAGUGUUUGUAAGGGAAACGAAGAAACAUAGCAAUAAGGAUACGCGCUGAGAGGCUGCUGCAGAUGGACCGCUACGGGGGCUCUGCUAUAAUUUUGGCGCUAACGAAGGACGGAAAGAUGCCUGUCAAGAAGCAGGAAGCACACCGGGCCCUAGAACUGCUGGAGGACUACCACUCGCGACUGUCCAGCCCACAGGAUAGAGCCCUCCGCAGUGCCAUCGAGCGAGUCAUUCGGAUAUUCAAAUCGAGGCUGUUCCAAGCGUUGCUCGAUAUACAAGAGUUCUAUGAACUCACUCUUCUGGAUGACUCCAAAUCGAUUCAGCAGAAAACAGCAGAAACACUUCUCAUUGCCAGCAAGUGGGAGCAGGACAAUGCGGCCAAAGCCAACGAGAAUGGUAACACCAUCACCACUACCACCACCACCAAUACCACUACCACCAAUCAUUUCCCCGUUCCAUCGAUAGCCAAUGGCAACAAAAAGCAGCAACCGCAGUCGAUCCACAAUGUCAACCUCGGCCAACAGCUGCAGCAACUGCACCAAGAACUCCUCGAAAAUCAGGCCAACCGCCUGAAGCAACAGGAGCAACAGCAGCAACAGCAAGAACAGCUAUGCAAGCAACAACAGCAACAACUGCAGCUAGAGGAGGAAGACAAGGUGGUACCGUCGAUCCUGGCCGAAACACCAUCGCCAUCCCGUUUCACGGGCACCAGAGUAAACACAUCCAAUUCGAGCGAUUCUAAACAGCUCAAUGGCGAUUCCGUUUGGGAGUACGACGAUAUUGCCCUGGUACGGGGAUCCACCGGUCUCGGGUUCUCGAUAGCAGGCGGGACGGACAAUCCGCACAUCAACUUGGAUGCGUCGAUUUAUAUCACCAAAGUGAUCCCGGGCGGAGCAGCGUAUGCCGAUGGACGGCUGCAAGUCAACGACUGCAUCGUGGCCGUGAACGAUAUGAAUGUAGUGAAUGUGAGCCACGGUGAAGCGGUGGAUGCGUUGAAGAAAGCCGGCGAACGGGUAACGUUACACAUACGAAGGAAGCGACCGCCCGCGCAGGCCCCCAAGCAGGAGGAAAUCGAUCUGUUCAAGGGCACCAAGGGUUUGGGUUUCUCGAUUGCCGGCGGAAUUGGCAAUCAGCACAUCCCUGGUGACAAUGGAAUCUACGUGACGAAAAUCAUGGAAGGAGGGGCGGCGCACGUUGAUGGUCGACUGGCCGUCGGCGACAAACUGAUCGGCGUGCGAACCAGUGAAGGGGAACGGAAUCUCGAAAACGUGGUCCACGAGGAAGCUGUAUCCACGCUGAAGGCAAUCACCAACAAAGCAACGCUGAUCGUACAGAAAACCAACAUCCUGCAAGCGCUGGCCAAUUCGAUCAACAACCUCAACUCGUUGUCCACCAGCGCGAUGAACCAGGUCGGUCAGAGCGUGGUGGACCAUGCGGUGUCGGGCGAUCUGCGGUCCCACUCGCCCAUGCUGGACAACUCCUCGUCGCGGUACGCGUCAUCGAAUCUGCUCGAGUCGGGUCUCCCGGUGGGAACGCCGCGGGCGGUUAGCAAUGAGGAUAUCUCAAGAGAACCUAGGACAAUUGUUAUUCAAAAGGGCCCAUCCGGGUUAGGCUUUAAUAUUGUUGGUGGUGAAGAUGGACAGGGUAUUUUUGUGUCAUAUGUACUCGCAGGGGGCGCGGCUGAUCUUGGCGGUGAGCUCAAACGAGGCGACCAGCUGCUCAGUGUCAACGGCGUGAGCCUCGCUGGGGCUUCCCACGAGCAGGCCGCUGAAGCGUUGAAGAACGCUGGUGGCACCGUGACACUGUUGGCGCAGUACCGCCCGGAGGACUAUAACCGCUUUGAACAGCGGAUACAGGAACUGAAACAGCAGGUUGUGGCCGGUACCGGAACCUUGCUGAGAACAUCACAGAAACGGACAUUGUAUGUGCGAACGUUAUUUGAUUACGACCCGAAUCGGGACGAUGGAUUGCCGGGCCGUGGACUGCCUUUCCGGCACGGUGAUAUACUGCAUGUGACGAAUGCCUCCGAUGACGAAUGGUGGCAGGCGCGACGGGUGAUUGGGGAUGACGAAGAGGAGAGCAUCGGAAUUGUUCCGUCGAAGCGACGGUGGGAACGGAAACAGCGGGCACGGGACCGAAGCGUCAAGUUCCAGGGCCACGCCGGCGGGGGCAACAUGGACAAGAUGUCAACCCUGGAUCGUAAAAAGAAGAACUUUUCGUUCUCGCGGCGGUUCCCAUUCAUGAAGAGCAAGGACGAUAAGAACGAAGACGGUUCGGAUCAGGAACCGAAUGGCAAUGUGUGUGAUCAGAAUAAUCAUGAUUCCGACCAACCUUUCAUGCUUUGCUACACACAAGACGACGCAAACGCCGAAGGGGAAAUAAUCUACCGCGUGGAGUUACCCGACAUGGAGCAGAUAACUCUAAUUUACCUGGAGAAUAAUGAUGCUGAUUCGGAGGAAAACAUCCUUUCGUACGAAUCGGUCCAACGUUUGCAGAUCAGCUACACCCGACCAGUCAUCAUCUUGGGCCCGCUGAAAGACCGCAUCAACGAUGACCUCAUCUCGGAGUAUCCGAACAAGUUCGGAUCUUGCGUUCCUCAUACAACAAGACCCAAGCGGGACUACGAAGUCGACGGCCGGGACUAUCACUUUGUGGCGUCGCGGGAACAGAUGGAGAAGGAUAUUCAGAACCACCUGUUCAUCGAAGCGGGCCAGUACAAUGACAACCUGUACGGUACGUCGGUGGCAUCGGUUCGCGAGGUGGCCGAGAAGGGCAAGCACUGCAUUCUGGACGUGUCGGGCAACGCCAUCAAGCGGCUGCAGGUGGCCCAGCUCUUCCCGAUUGCGGUCUUUAUCAAGCCGAAAUCGGUGGAAUCGAUCAUGGAGAUGAACCGGCGGAUGACGGAAGAACAGGCCAAAAAGACUUACGAAAGGGCCCUCAAAAUGGAGCACGAGUUCGGUGAAUAUUUCACUGCACUCGUCCAAGGCGAUACCAUCGAGGAAAUCUACAGCAAAGUAAAGAACGUAAUCUGGUCCCAGAGUGGCCCAACCAUCUGGGUACCGUCCAAGGAAUCUCUAUGACCUCAAGCGAAUAUCACGUGGACGCUGCCACCAAAUAUGCGCGCCCGGCCCGUUUCACGAUCCGGCUAUCACCAUUGACGGUAUCCCGGCGAAAUCAGAAGCGGAUAGGUAGGGUCGUUUGACGGAAGAUGAACACAACUAACACUUUCAAGAGAGCAGUAAAAAAAAAGUGGUGAAUGGUGGAGACAUGCGUACAUACCGUCUCGCGAAAGAAAAAAAAAACACUCUCACACACAUACACAAUUACACACACCAUUAGUCAUUCACACUUGUUUAGGACCCUGAUGUGAUUACACAUUUUAGGGAUAGAGUAGUUGCGCGCAGUUGUGCAUCAAAUCAAUAUAGCAAUUUGGCUGCUAGCGGUAAAUGAAAUGCAAGUAAAGAAAAAAGAGAAUAACAAAAUGAAAACAUGUUGUUGUUUAUUAUUAUUUUUAAAUUAUAUAUUAUAUAUUGAUACGAGUACGAGCGUAAGGUGAGUAAGAUUUUUAGGAGAAAAAUUUGCAUUAAAUAUGGACAUUUAUUUAAAUUAUUUUGUUCGAAAAUAAUAAGCUUAUUACUUAUUACUGAAUGUUUAUUAAAUCAAUAUAUUUAUAUAAAAGAAACACAUAUAUAAAUAAUAUAUCUAAUAAAACCCGGAAUAAACUAUAUUGAAACACUGCUGACAUUGAAAAUGAAAUAAAAAAAAUGUAUAUUUAAAACAGAAAUCUAUAAAAGUUCAGAAAUCAUCCUCGAAAAGCUCGUGAACUUUGCGUAGGCCCUCCCUAUUUCAAACCCCCGCCCAUUAUUGGUCGAAACGCUUUCAGGAAAAUUUUCACAACUAGAAACUAGAUAUGCAUCGGUUUUGGGAAGAACCCAACAGCAUUUAUAAACAUAUGCGCAGUCACCUCAUCGUACGCAAAAUCAAAGCAAAUAGUGUUGUUAGUCUAAUUUUGGACAAUCAUCAACGUAUUUCCCCCCUGUAAUGACCCGACCCCGUCUGAACACUCUCUAUAUCUCUGAAUAACCAGUCACCGUAAGCGACAGAAACAAAACAUAAAUGUGAACUAACUCGCCUAGCAUUAAACAGCAAGAUACAAUAAACUCGAAUUAUGUAACAAUUGUUUUUAAAAAUUAACCGCAUAAGUUAACUAAAGUUAUGGUUUUAGACGAAUUCGAUCCUAACUCACUCAUCCCUUCCCAUGGAAUAAUUAGUACUCCAAGUGCAAGCACAGACUUCAUUAUUUCUUUGUUUUAAUGUAGUACAUAAAUAGUGCAAAUUAAGGAAAAGUAAAACAUCGCAUCCGGAUUUAUUCGCUCGGAAACAUCUCACGCCGGACAUGGACGUCCGAACUUGAAGUUAAACUCUGAAAUUAAAAAAAAAUCGAUACCAAGACGCAUUUGUUUGUUUUCGUCAAAGAGAACCGACUUGAUAUUCGUGCCAAAAUUUUACAAAUCCAAUUCCUCUCUUACCCCCAGAGCCAUCCAUCCAUAAUCCAUGAAUCAUAUCCACCUAUAACAGUCAAACGAAACAAUAAUAGUGGAAAUAGAAUGCGGUCAUUGUUCCCACUCAUUCGACACAGUGAGGGUCGAUAUAAUGAGCAUAAAAUGAAAUUAAAUUUAAAGUACACAGAUCAAUGCGAAUUAACGGCAACUAUUAUGACAAGCAUAACGUUCACCCUUUCUUCACUACUUAAGCGAAUUGGUAUCUAUUAUCUUCGACUACUUAUCAAUUGAUAGUAUAAAGUGCGCCGGGGCGAAUUCGUUAUCCGUUUGUAAGAGACAAAAUGAAACAUUUUCAUCUGCCUGUGCAAUCAGUUCUUCAAACAUUGUUCCCACAUAUAUGGGUCACUAUGUAGCGAUCAUUAGUCAACCUAUAUGGACCUUGGUCGUUCGUGACACGUGAUUGUGGGUUCGGUGAAAUAAGUAGACUCAAUAGUGCCUCAAAUUGAAGCAUUAAUAAAACCUAACCGUUGCAUCUUCAACCAAACGUAAUAGAGUUGCCUCGGCGUGCCGUAUAGUAGGAAAUCUAUAUCUGUUUUCUUCGAACGGUAUGGCAGAAAACAUCUACGUAUAGAUGCCGUUUGUAAGAUCCUUCAUUUGUUCUCUUUUUUGAAAAAUAAUACAAAAUCCUCAAGCUUACUUCAAACAGUAUCGAAAUGAAACUACUAACCCGUUGAGAGCAGAAAAAUAGAAAGGAAAAUAAAAUAUAUUGUAAUUGAAUUAGAAAGCUGCCUUAAAACAAAAAUCCCAAGUUUUAUAUUGAAAUGAGAUCAUUUUGGCUAGAGCAAAACACAGUUAAUAGAAGAAAAAACAGUAAGGUGAGCGACGCUGAAUAUGUACAUAAGAUCAAACAAGAAACUAAAAGCAAACAAGCAGAGCAUGUUGAGCAAAUUAGAUCAUUACAGAAAUGGUCAUAGAAGAUCGCGUAAAAUAAUAUUGAAAUAAAAAGAAAAAAAACUC